AUGAACCAAUUACUGCGAAAGUUCUCUCGUAAGGGAAGAGUCACUCCGGAUCCAUCGGCUGACCAACAGGCCGCAAGCCCAUCGAAAAAGAUAUUUCCUUCGGGUAUCAAGCUACUCCAUGAUGGUCAAGAUAACAUCGUUGAGCAUGAACACUCCAAGAAUAUUGAGAUUGACCAAUACAGCAUCAUAUUCGUACAUGGUCUUACUGGGCACCGCGAGAAGACAUGGCGAGCCAAGACAGCCGACAAGCCCUGGCAUGAGACGCUGUUACCAACAAAGGUUCCCAACGCUCGAAUCCUCACUUUUGGAUACGACGCUUAUGUCACCAAUUGGAAAAGCGUGAUGUCACAGAGCACGAUUGGAAACCAUUCUAUGAACCUUUUGACUGCUGUUGCGACUUUCAGAGAGAACGAUGAUACUAACAAUCGACCAAUCAUAUUUGUUUGUCACAGCUUAGGAGGUCUUGUCUGCGAAGAUCUAAAUUCCAAGGCGCUAUCCAUGGCUCAAACGAGACCAGAACAGCAUCUGAAACAAGUUCUACUAUGCACUAGAGGUAUAAUAUUCCUGGGUACUCCACAUCACGGUUCUGGUCUUGCCCAUUGGGCUGAGGCCAUGGCUAAGUCUAUUGGUCUUCUCAAGCAGACCAACCCUGCAAUACUAGGCGUUCUCAGGAGUAACUCAGAGGUGCUGGCAAGGGUGCAAAUGGGCUUUCAUACAAUGAUUCAGGCCAGGGCUCAGGAUAAGCUUCCUCAGAUCAACAUUACCUGUUUCUUUGAGGAACUUCCCCUACCGGGCGUCGGCCCAGUCGUCCCACGCGAAUCGGCUAUUCUUCCGGGUUACAUCCCCAUCGGAAUUCACGGCAAUCACAUGGACAUGACAAAAUUUGAUGACGCCUCUGAUCCUGGUUUCAUAGCCAUUUCCGGAGAGAUUUCCCGAUGGGUAAGAAGAAAAAUAAUUGAUGUCGUUACUGAGGACAGCGGUGUAUUGGGACAGCUCAGAUUUCGUGAUCCUGAGCAUGGAUGGGCUCUUGAUAUUGGUGCCCAGCUUCCACGGUUCGAUCUCUUAUCCGGAACUUUGACGGAUGAAAGCGUCCCGGGAAUAUCCACCGCCCGACGCGAGCUUGUUGAUGAAGUGAACAGGAUCCUCAGACGACGCAACUUCAGGUAUACCGUGCCUGAUGUUAUACCAGGUCAGAACCAGAUCCGCGAAAUUACGGACGAGAUACUCGACGAGAUGUCUUAUCGGCAUACUGCAUCUCAUAUGGCUUGUUUCUUGAUUGGUUCCGCAAACUACUAUCUGGGCAUGGCACAAAGCACGCGACCUGAUGUUGUCGCUGAGUUCACAUCGUUGGCACGUAACAGAAUGCAGUUUUUGGAUUUGAAAUGUGGAAUGCUAGGAAUCAAGUCAAUGGCUUUGCUUGAUCAAAUGGCGCGAACUGCAAAUAAUGGAAUUUCCAUUCGACAGCUUCUUAGCACACUUUCGGAUCAUAAUAGUUAG